AUGAUGCAAGGAAAGUGCACAAAAUAUUUCCCAAAAAAAUUCAAAGACCAAACGAUUGUUGAUGCCGAUGGCUUUCCAGUUUACAAAAGGCGAAAUACAGGUAUCCAUGUUGAAAAGAAAAAUGUCUUCUUAGAUAAUCGAUAUGUGGUCCCUUAUAAUAGGAAUUUGAUUGUUAAAUAUGAUGCACAUAUUAAUGUUGAGGUUUGCAAUUACUCAAGAUCAAUCAAAUAUCUAUUUAAGUAUGUUCAUAAAGGGUCUGAUAGAACAACAACAACAAUGGAAUCUAUUGACACUACCGAAGAAAUAGAUGAGAUCAAAACAUAUCUUGACUGUAGAUAUAUAUCAGCAACUGAAGCUUGCUGGAGAAUCUUCCAAUUUGACAUACAUUACAGACAGCCAGCCGUCGAAAGAUUACCAUUCCAUUUGCCUGGAGAGCAUACAGUAGUAUUUGAAGAAAAUAAUUGCACCGAAAAUGUGCUUUGCCGACCUGGAAUAGAGAAGACAAAGUUCACUGAAUGGUUAGAGACAAAUAAGAAUUAUGAGGAUGCGCGUGACCUAACCUAUUCUGAUUUUCCUACACAUUGGGUUUGGAAUUCAAAAGACAAAACAUGGACGAGGAGAAAAAAUGGCAUAGCAAUUGGAAGAAUUUACUUUGCACAUCCUUCAACUGGAGAAUGCUUCUACAUGAGAAUGAUGCUCAACUUUGUCAAAGGAAGUACUUCGUUCGAAAGCAUUAGAACAGUAAAUGGAGUGACAUAUCCUACUUUUAAAGCUGCAUGCUAUGCUUUGGGAUUAUUAGACGAUGAUAAAGAGUGGAUCAAUUGCUUGACUGAAGCUUCAAUUUGGGCAACCGGAAAUGAAUUAAGGCAUCUAUUUGUCAUGAUACUCAUUCAUUGUCAGGUUUCCGAUGCAUCACAACUUUGGAAAUCUAAUUAUACUGCAUUGUCAGAAGACAUGGUUUCAUUACAAAGGAAGAGAUUCAGAAUGAAGGACCUUCAACUAACUGAACAACAAGUGGAAGUAUACACAUUGUUCGAAAUUGAAGGUAUAAUGUUGAAGAUGGGAAAAAGUCUGAAAGAAGUAGAUGGAAUGCCCCUACCUAAUUCUUAUUUGAUGAGAGACUCGGGUAAUAGAUUGGUCAAUGAAGAGCUUGACUAUGACAAAGAUCAAUUAAAAAUAUUGCAUGCAAAAUCAUUUGCUGCUCUAAAUCCUUGCCAGAAGUCAGCUUAUGAAGCAAUAAUACAUUCUGUGGAGAAUGAAGAAGGUAAUUUAUUUUUUAUCAAUGGACAUAGUGGUACUAGUAAAACAUUUAUAUGGAAUACAAUUAUUGCAAAGCUCAUGUCACAAUCAAAAAUAGUAUUACCAGUUGCAACUUCAGGUAUGGCAGCUUUAUUAUUGCCUAAUGGUAGGACAGCUCAUUCACGGUUUCGUAUUCCCUUGGAUGUAACAGAAGAGUCAACUUGCGAAAUUCGACACGGGACCCAAUUAGCUGCACUUCUUAUGAAAACCUCCUUGAUCAUUUGGGAUGAGGCACCUAUGGCAAAUAAGUUCUGCUUUGAGGAUUUAGAUAAGACCUUAAGAGAUAUUUUAAAAACAAGGUAUGAAAAUAGUACUACCAAACCUUUUGGAGGACUUACAGUGGUAUGUGGUGGUGAUUUCCGUCAAAUAUUGCCAGUUGUCCCAAAGGGUACAAGAGCUGACAUUGUUGAUUCUUCUCUUAAUUCAUCCUACUUGUGGUCAUUUUUUAAAGUAUAUCAGCUCAACCAAAAUAUGAGGCUCUAUAAUGGAAGUGUCAGUAGCUCCGAGGCUGCUAAAAUAACUUCUUUUGACAAAUGGUUGUUGCAGGUUGGAGAUGGUACAUUAUAUGAUGACAUUGAUAGAGAAUUAAUUAAAAUUCCUUCUGAUAUAUGCAAAAAACCAUCUGAAGAUCCAAUGAAAUCUAUAGUGGAAGCUAUUUACCCUUCACUUUUGCAUAAGUACAAUGAUCCAGCAUAUUUGAAAGAAAGAGCUAUAUUAACGCCAAAAAAUGAAAUGGUUCAUGAGUUAAAUGAGAUGAUUAUGAAUAUGAUACAAGGAGAAGGGAGAACUUAUUUCAGCUCUGACAAUAUAUGCAAAGCAAGUGUAAACACAAAUGAUGAAGACCUUCUGUAUCCACCUGAAUUUUUGCAUAGCUUGAAAUUUAAUGGCAUCCCAAUUCAUGACAUACGACUUAAGGAAGGUGUUCCUGUAAUGCUACUUAGAAAUUUGAAUCAAACAGAAGGUCUAUGCAAUGGCACAAGGUUGAUAGUCACCCGUCUUGGUAAAUGGUCAAUUAGAGGUGACAUCAUUUUAGGAACAAAUAUUGGUCAGAACGUAACGAUUCCAAGAAUUAUCAUGUCUCCCAAUGAAUCAAGGUGGCCAUUCAAGCUCAAUAGACGACAACUUCCUUUAGCCCCAUGUUUUGCGAUGACAAUCAAUAAAAGUCAAGGACAAUCUCUUAAACAUGCCGGCUUAUAUCUCCCUAAGCAAGUAUUCACUCAUGGUCAAUUAUAUGUCGCUAUCUCUCGAGUCACAACAAGAGAAGGAUUGACCAUACUAAACGCUGACGAUGAGGUGGAAGACAAAACCUUCAUAAAAAAUAUUGUCUACAACGAAGUAUUCCAAAAUAUUACAUAA